AUGGUUGGCUACACAUGGAGUGAUGGCGUUGUGUUGGUGGAUCCAGAAUACCUAAAAGAACGUAAAGUUUUCGUCACGCUGACCUGCGCCUUCCGCUACGGCCGCGAGGACCUGGACGUGCUGGGCCUGACCUUCCGGAAGGACCUCUUUGUGGCCAACGUCCAGGCCUUCCCUCCAGUCCCGGAAGAGAAGAAGCCUCUGACGCGGCUCCAGGAACGGCUGAUUAAGAAGCUGGGAGAGCAGGCGUACCCCUUUACCUUCGAGAUCCCUCCUAACCUUCCCUGUUCGGUGACGUUGCAGCCGGGACCUGAAGAUACAGGAAAGUCACAAUGGGUUGUGCCAAAGAAUAUGGAACAUAAUCCAGGAUUCUACCAUGGAAAAGAAUCCCUACACAAUGUGUCCCAGAGAGACGUGGAACUUUUUGGCGUGAGUUUUGAAGGCUUCCAGAAGAUGCAGGAGUAA